AUGAUUGCCGGCUUUACGCUCUCCUCCCUAUUCAUCGGCUUGUCCGAUGGUGCGUAUGGGAACAUUAUCACGAUGUUCACGCGAAACCGCAUCGGACACAUUCAGGUGCAUCGCGAGGGAUACCUUGACAAACCGUCUCUAUACGAAACAAUCGAUGACUACCCGUCCGUGGGUGAGACGAUUCAGAGCACCACAGGAGUCGAAGCGUGGACACCGCGAGUGUACGCAGCCGGACUCGGCUCGGUCGGUGAAAAGAGCACGGCUGUACAAGUCAUUGGUGUUGAUGUCGCACGAGAGACGCAAGCAACCCGAUUUGAUCAAAAAAUGAUUGAAGGGAGUGUGUUGGCGGAAACCGCUUCGCAUGAGGCUGUUAUUGGAAAAGGUUUGGCGAAAAUUCUUUCUGGGACGGUGGGUAGUGAAAUUGUGAUUUUUUCGCAGGGUGCCGACGGUUCAAUCGCAAAUGAUGUGUAUAAAAUCAUUGGAAUCGCAGAGAGUGGUGACGACGGGACAGACCGAGUGGCGUGUUAUCUACACAUCGAAGAUGCUCAGGAAUUGUUUGUGCUUGAGGGACGCAUCCACGAAAUUGUUGUGAUUGUUUCAAAUAUCAAUCACGUGAGUAAAAUUACAGACACCAUCAAAACGCGCUUGAAUAAUUCUACGCUGGAUGUCGCACCGUGGCAAGUGGUCGCCAAAUCCUUUUACCGCGCCAUGAAAGUCGAUCAACAAGGAGACGCCAUUGCUCGCUGGGUGAUUAUGCUCAUUGUAGCCAUCGGUGUGCUUAACACGGUGCUGAUGUCGGUGCUGGAGCGGACGCGUGAAUACGGCGUGCUGAAGGCAGUCGGGACGAAGCCGACGCAAAUUUUCUGGCUGGUCAUCUGCGAAGUGGUUAUCAUCGCUAUUGGCAGCAUCGCGGUCGGCGCGCUCCUUGGGGUUUUAGCCAAUUAUCUGCUAUCCAUAUACGGCAUCACGUAUCCCGAGGAAAUUACCUACGGCGGCAUGAAAAUCAAAACGCUGUACGCUGAAGUCAAUGCCCGAUGUCUGAUUAUUCCCGCUAUCACUGUUAUGCUGUCAGCGACGAUCGUCAGCCUGUUUCCUGCGAUAAAAGCCGCCCGAAUCAUGCCUGCGAAGGCGAUGCGGACACAUUAA